AUCGAGACCAGACAGGAAAGAAUAUUGAACGUGUUUUUCUGUUAAUCAGAAUAUGGAAUCCUCAAACUCUAAAGGUUUUUGUAAAAAGAAAACCGAACUGACCAUGAUUAAAACCAAACUGACCAUGAUCAAAACUGAAUUAAAAAACAAGUAUGUGGUGGAAGCAUAUGAAAGAUUAAAGGAAAAAAAUGAUUUGAAAAGUUUGAAGCAGCUUCUCUUCUCAUGCCUUUGUCGAAUGGAAAUGUUUACAUCAUACUUUGUAAAUGAAGACAAUGUAUUCGAAGGAGUAAUGAAUGUGAUGGAGAUUGUUCAAAAUUUUCGGAAUCAAGAAAAGAGAUUUCAUGGAAAUGUUAGUGUGCCAGGACUUGACAGGUUUAUGAAUUCAUACUUUCAUUUUUGGAUACAAGCAGAGACUAGAAGCAAGUGCAAGUUUAAAAUUUCCAAAUUUUCAACUGUCAGUGAAAACUCUGAAAGAAAGGAAAUAAAACAGAGUUCAGACAAAGAUAAUAUUUCUAAAUCUACAACUGUCAGUGAAAACUUUGAGGGAAUGGAUGCAGAAAAGCAUACAGACUUACAACCAAAUGAGAGACAAAAUGAAAGAAUUAAAAAAGAACUAUUGCUUCCUCAGGUUUUGUAUAAAAAAUUUGAUGUUAAUGAAAAACUAUUUGGAAAACUUUACCCACCACAAAGGACUGGACCAAAAAUUUCUUCAGUUUCUCAUUGCAGGGAAAAAAGCUUUGAUGAAACAUCAGAGGAUGAACAGAAUAAAAUUCUUGGACUUGACUUCCUAGAAUUGCAAUCAACAAAAAUAAGAAAUAGAUAUGUGUUGGAGACAUUUAACUUUAAAAAGGGAGAUUUUAUAAAAAUCUAUGACUGUCUUUGUGAAUGGGAAGGCAUAGCUCAAGAGAGGGUUCAUUUACAAAACUUUGCUGCUGCAGUAAGGAAUACAGUAAGAGAGGCAGACAGAUUGAAAAAAUCUGGGAAUAAUCUGUAUGAUUCUUUCUUGAGGGAGUUUUUCAAAUUUCCUCUUAAUGAAAAAAGGAAAGGAAGUAUCAAGGAGAUGGGGGGAAAAGAGAGGGAGAAAAAGAAAAGAAAAAGAGAGGAGAGAAAUAAAAGUGCAUCAACUGAAACACAAACACCACUUUAUGAUGAAGUGAAAGAAAUAAAGAAAGAAGUAAAUGUCGUUGACACAACAGUGGUGAAGAAACCAAAAAAGAGCAAUGAAGAAACCAUGAAACAAAAAGUUAUGAAAGUAAAAAUUGGAAAGGUUGAUGGAAAAAAAUCUGCAGUGAGAAGAGACCAAAAAUGCAGGACAAAACCAAAGAACUCUAACAUGGCUAAGAAAAGGAAGAGCACAGGAAAGAGGAAAAGGAGAUUAGAUGUGCUGGAAUUGCAAAUGAGAAUGAAAUUACAGCAGCAAAGAAAACUUUAUCAGAAAAUUAAAAGACAGAAUAAUCUGCUUGUCAGACAAAGGAAACAUAUUCGAGUGCUCAAACGGAAAUUGGCAGGUGUUUGCUCAACAAGUAUAUGUAAAGGAGUUCAGUGUUCCUUACUUGAAGCAACUCCAAAGACUCUCUUAGUUAGAGUACUGAAACCAUGAUGAGAGAACAAUAUUUUCAGGAAGACUUUUACAAAAAGAAAAUCAUUGUCAAAAUUUAAGAGAGAGAUGGGGGGGGGGGGGGAUGAGGAAAGGUGAUUGGGUUCAA